AUAUAUAAUUAUGUGGCAGUAGAAGUUCUGGGCGGGGAAAGUCUGCCUCAUCACACAUCAGGAAGGAAACGCUUCCUUUCAGCUGCACAGCCUCGGGACUCCGGACAAAAAACUGGACCAGAACCAGGAAGCAGAACCCGGAGAAAGCUCUAUGCUGCGGUCUUUGUCACCUUUAAUGCGGUCAUUACUCUUCGCUGAGAGCCGGUGUUCAGGUGAGCUGCGCCGCACAGCGAGCCCCGUGUAGCGGAAGGAAACACCGGAUACGAGCCGCGGCUACCAGCAGCCAGCGGGGCUUCCCCCGAGGAGGGAGGCUCGCUGGAGCCCAUGCCCAGGUGGAGGCGGAGGCGGAGCGGGGAAGCAGCAUGUAGGAGGCCGGUGUUCAGGUUGAGGUGCCAUCGGCCAUGAAAAAGCGAGCCAAGAGGGAGCUGAAAGAGGAGGAGGAGGAGGAGAAGGAGGAAGUGUUGUGCUGCUGCGAGUAUGUGAACAGGCACGGGGAGCGCAGCCACGUCGCGGCGUGCUGCUGUGACUGCGAGGACCUGGACGACGCCUGCGACAGGUUUCUAAAGAGAGCGCCUCAGAAACCCGAAUCCCUGUCGCAUGUGGCCGCGGUCGUCUCAGACCGGCUCCGGGUACCCUGGUUUUGGGGCGGAGCCCGGAAGCUGGAUCUGUCCAUCGUCCCUCCUCUCGUCCUCCUUCCGGGCCUGCUGCGCCUCGCCGCCCUCCACUUCCUGCUCGGCGUGCUGGUUCUGACGGCCCUGCCCGGCCUGGUGUUGUGGUACUACUUCUUCACCCACCGCAAAAAGGGCCGGACGCUCUUCUUCCUCAGCCUGGCGCUCUUCUCCCUGGCCUACAUGUACUACCUGUUCGUCUCGGAGGUGUUUCCGCGCGGCGACGUCGGCGAGGUGGAGCUGGCGGCCGUGAGCUCGGGGGUCGUCCUCACCCUGCUGGCUCUCGUCCACACCAAGAGGGAUCCCGGCGUCGUUCGGCUGGACCACCGGGCCGUCCACAGCACGGUGACGUACCACAGCGCCGCGGCAGACGGGGACACCUCCCUCAACGGGGGGACGCGGGAGGCGCCGAUGACUGCGGUCCACCGGAUGGGGCCGUCGGAGCCGGACGGGUCAGAGUUGAAGGAAAGCGGCCGGAGGAGCUGGUGCUCGGCGUGCAGGGUCGUGCGGCCACCGAGGGCGGGACACUGUCGGAUCUGCGGCGUGUGCGUGCUGCGCCUCGACCACCACUGCGUCUGGAUAAACAACUGCGUGGGCCAGGCCAACCACCGGAGCUUCCUGCUGACGCUGGUCUGCUUCCUGCUGACGUCGCUGUGCGGCAUCGGCCUGGUGCUGCGGAGCGUGUGUCCCCAGCAGAGCGUCCUCACCGCCUUGCUCUACUGCCCCGGGGUCUACGACCACUACAGAGACGUGGGAUGCAGCCUCAGCAUGGCCACCAACUCAAACUGUGCUGUUUUUGGAGAUUUCUAUCUCUGCUCUCUGCUUCACCUGCGCUUGGUACAGCAGCAUCGUGACGGGCGGCCUGCUGCACCUCCUUCUAGUGCAAGUCAUCAACAUCAGCUACAACGUGACGGAGCGGGAGGCACGAGCCGCGCUGAGGGAGAAAACCGCCCGCAGCGCCUGCUGGGGCCUGGUGGUGGACACCGGCGUUUACUCGCGAGGUCUGUGGAGCAACUGGUCCGAGUUCAUGUCCAUGAGGGACAAACUGAGGCGUCCGUCUCCCACAGACCUGGUGUGAGAGACAAUAUGGGAGUAGCAGCGCUGCUGUCCACUAGAUGGCAGCGUUGCCACUUCGUGCAUGCCGGCUCGCAGCUGUUGAGUGAACUUGUCCUGUCUCCAGCAGAGUCCGCAGUGCUUUAAGGUGGAGCAGCAGCUCUGGAGUCACACUUUGACAUUUAGCAACACUGGCUUCACAACUCAGUCCCUCGUUUUCACAUCCACUACGGUGACUGACAACCAGGACCUCAUCUAUGCAUCAGGAUCCGCCCACGGCCACCACUGUGGAUGUCUCCCUUCCGACUUGGAGUCUGACUUUACGCCUCGGCUGCUUUUCAGACUGUAGACACCUGUAAGGAAGCUAAACUCUAAUAAAAAAUAGAUUUUCCUACAGACAACAAUUAACUAAGGGGAGAUUCCUCUGGGUUUUUUAGAUUUUAUGUCAUAGAUCAAGACAAAGUCAUGAAUAGCUGAGAUGUGGAAGUGAAAUGAUGCAUAUUUUACCAGUAUUGUGCAAAUAAAA